AUGGUCUACAGAGUCGGCGGGAAAGAGAGCAAGAAGGCUGGGCGAGACAAGGACGCCUGCCCGCCCCUCCCCAGGCUUCUCCCCGACUCCCCUGGAGCAGCCGGGAGUCCCCCGCGACCACCCCGGGGGCCCCCUCUAGCCUCCGGCCCUGACCGCCUUACGUGGACGCGGCGCCGGCCCGGCCCGCCCCGGCGCCCGCCCCCUCGUGACAGACAGCUCCAGCGCCCUAUCGCUGCCGCGCUAGCUCCAGCGACCCCUCCCCGGCGCCGUGCAGGGUGCUGGGCACUGGACUCCUACGGCCGAGGCUCGAGCCUCCCCAGGGCCACCCGGCCCCCUGCCCAGCGCCGGCCUUCCGGGAUUGGCCUAGCGCGGUCCUCCUCCUCCCCCGCGCACUACGUAACAGUCGGCCGCGGAGGCCAAUCGCGAGGCCCGGGGGCGGGGCUGGUCACGCGGCGCGUGGGGGGCGUGGCGCCGGCGGCCGCCCUGCACGUGGCGGGCCCUGAGACUGCCUGCGGCGCGGACCGGCGGGGCGGGGGCGGCUGCACGCGGGCCACGCGCAUUGGCAGCGGCCGGCGCCCCUUGUUGGGUGCACGCCGACGUCCCCGAACCGACGGCGGGAAAGUUGGAGGGAGGGCGCGGACCCCCCGAGGGCCGCGCAGCCGGGGAGCCCGGGCCGGCCUGGUGUCCGGCGUCGAGCUGCCUGUGUCACUUGUCGCCUUUGUCUCCUUCCCGCAGGCUGGACUCUGGGAGUGCAGAGAUCUCACAGCUUUCGUGGAAAUGCUGGCGGGAAAGGGUGCCCUGGAUGAGGGGCUCCGUGAUCGCCGGUUUGCGGAGACUGGUCACUCUGACGCGACGGAGCAGGCGGCGGACCGAGGGCUGCCUGCGCGCGGGGUGGACCCCCGGGAGGACCUGGAGGGACCUCAGGCUGGUGGCCACCGGGUCGCGAGGGAGGAAGCUGAGGACGUGGGGAGCCCCAAGUACCAGCCGCAGGGCAACAAACAGCAAGAUAGAAACAGAGUUUCUGAAGAACUUAUGAUGGUUGUCCAAGAAAUGAAAAAAUACUUCCCAUCAGAGAGACACAGUAAACCGAGCACUCUAGAUGCCCUCAACUAUGCCCUUCGCUGUGUCCACAGCGUGCAAGGUGAACAGGAUUUCAUAAAGUCAUAUUCUCCCUCAGGAGCACCUCAGGCAGAUGUGACCGUGUACAGUUUUGAGGAGCUGGCCUCUAUUGCUUCAGAACACAGUUCCAAAAACACAGUAAGAAUUCAUGAAUUUUGCCUUAUCAACCUGGAGGUGAAGACAGAGUCAGAGAAGUGUUGCUCCCCAUUUCAGAUCAUCCCCUGUUUGAUUCACGUACAUGGCUCUGCCCAGCCAGAACCAGAGCCCUGCUGUCUCGCACUGGUUGGGAAGAUUCACUCUGGUUACGAAGCUCCUCGAAUCCCAGUGGAUAAAAGGAUUUUUACCACAAUACACACCCCAGGGUAUGUUUUUCUUGAAGUAGAUGAAAGAGCCGUGCCUUUGCUGGGUUACCUACCUCAAGAUCUGAUUGGAACAUCCAUCCUCAUGCACUUGUACCCAGAAGAUCGUUUUCUGAUGGUUGCCAUAUACCAAAAGGUCUUGGAGCGUGCAGGUCAUCCUCCCUUCAGACACUCACCCAUUAGAUUUCGUACUCAAAACGGAGAUUACGUCCUCCUGGAUUCCAGCUGGUCCAGCUCCGUGAACCCCUGGAGCCAGAAGGUUUCUUUCAUCAUUGGUUGGCAUAAAGUUUGAACGAGUCCACUAAAAGAGAAUAUUUUUGCUACCAGGAUUAAAAAGAUGAACAGUAAUGACCAAGACAUAACAGAAUUACAAGAGCAAAUUCACAGACUUCUCUUGCAACCAAUUCAUCUGAGUGCGUCCAGUGGCUAUGGGAGCCUGGAAAGUAGUGGUUCACAUGAGCACCAAGUCAGCCUCACAUCAUCCAGCAAGUCCAGCAGGCACUGCAUGGAAGAAACCCAAAAGGAGCCGAUGACCUUGCAGCAGGUCUACGCCAAUGUAAACAAAAUCAAGAAUCUGGGUCAGCAGCUGUACAUCGAGUCACUGACCAAACCAUCUGUCAAACCAGGGACAGGGACACAUACAGAACCACUGGGUGGUGAUAAGCAGAAAGCCUUUUCUUCCUGCCAGACAUUGAAAAAUAAUAGCACGUACACUGAGUCUUGUGAGGAUUUGAGGAAAGAUCAGCACAGCCCAUCCUAUCAACAGAUAAACUGUAUUGAUAGUAUUAUCAGGUACCUGAAGAGCUACAACCUUCCAGCCUUGAAAAGGAAGUGUGUAUCCCGUACAAAUACAACUUCUUCAUCCUCAGAAGAAAACAAACAAAACCACAAGGCAGACGAUGUCCAAGUAUUGCACGGUACACAGGAAUGCCUUCCUAAAGUGCCGACAAAUGGACGGUCCAUGGACACUAAAGGAGCUCCAUGCACCCUGUCCACCAGGGUGCUGAGCUCAGGGUCGAGCAGAAGCCAGUGCAGUUACAGCAGCACCACCGUUCACGUUCCACCCCCAGUCAGGUCAGAGGAUGCCGCCCUAGCAUGUGAACCCUGGACCCUAAAUGCACAGCCAGCCCCUUCGACCGUGGAAGAAUUUAAACGUGCAGGGCUGGGAAGGGCUGCUCUGUCAGCCCAUACACAGGAGGGGGAACAGGACUACGCUGACAAGUUCCAGGAAAAGAUCCUGUCAUUGCCCUGCAGUUCCUGUCUUCAACAAGAAAGCAGAAGCAAAGCUAAAUAUUCCUAUGUUCAAGGAGAUUAUGCUUCCGAGUGGACCAAAUCAGCUGGUUGCAAGAAAGGGAGGCACAAGCGUAAGAAGCCACCUGUACUGUGGGUCAGCAGUGGCUCUGGUGAUGACUGUCCCUGUGUCAGGAGUGCGCUGCAGGACCCACAGCCCCGGAGCCCUUCCGCUGCCUCUUCUCCUCAGCCCUUGGGCCUGACCUUCCCGUCUGCCGUGAUGAUCCGCCAGGUCCCUUAUCUCGUCCCACUCUACCGCUUCCCAGCCACGACCUCUCUGGGAGGAGAAUAUGCAGCCUCGGGCACUGCACUGGAAGGUCUGCCUGAGCCGCCUUUAUCCAGUGGAUUGCAGUCUUUUCCAACUUUCCCUUCUCCUUACUUGGAUGCUUUUAUGACAGUUUUCCUGCGUGACCCCCCUAUCUGUCCCCUCCUGUCACCAUCAUUCUCUCCAUAUCCAUUAUUGGGAGCAGCAGGCUCUUCUGAAAUACCACCCUCAGUAUCAGCAGUGGCUGCAGACCUAGCACCACCAUCCUUAGUCACCAACCAGAUGAGGGUUGGGGGAGAGUGGGAGAUGCAGGGUGAAGAGCACCCAUCUGUUGAUUCAAGGAGCAGCUCACCCUUGCAGUUAAACUUGCUUCAGGAGGAAGUGCCUGAAUCUUCCGAAUCUUCAGAUCAGAUGAAAAGGGGAAGCAGUGACAGCAGCAUAUACUUGGCUAGUAGCGAUUCUUCUGAAAUCUCCCAAAAUGAGCAGCAAUCUCAGGAUGCACAGAAAAAAGAAACAUCUCCCAGUUUAGCUGAAGAGUCCCUCUGGAGAAUGAUAAAGCACACUCCCGAGUGCACUCCAGUGACGCAUCAGGUACCUGGGCGGUGAGAAAGGGUUAAAGAAACUGUAUUAAAAGAAGACUUAAAAAAGCUACAAAGCAUGAAGCGGCAGCAGCCCCGGUUUUCUCAUGGCAAGGUGCAGUAUUGGAUUCAAAGCCAGACUAUCCCUCGAGAAAUGGACGUCCAAGUGGGCACAGUGAUAGUUGCGAUCAUAUAUGGGCCUAUCCUGUGCCCAGUAGUGCGCUUAGUAUAG